CCUCCUCCUCUUCGCUCCCGUCAUAUCCCUUUCAGGAAGCUGCGCCGUCCUGCAGGCCGGCUCAAGAUGGCGGCCGACAGUGAGCCGGAGUCUGAAGUGUUCGAAAUCACCGAUUUCACCACCGCCUCCGAGUGGGAGAGAUUUAUUUCCAGAGUUGAGGAAGUUUUGAAUGACUGGAAACUUAUUGGCAUUUCUUCAGGCAAAGUUUUGGAAAAGGGUGUAUAUACCACUGAAACAUGGGAGGAGAAAUCCGAUGAAAUUGCUUUUGCUGAUUUCCGAUUCUCAGUGACACAUCAUUAUCUUGUGCAAGAAUCCAGUGACAAGGAUGCAAAAGAGGAGCAAGUAGAAGAUAUUAUUCCAGUUGCUAUGCAGGACCUUCUGUGCAUGAACAAUGAUUUUCCUCCUAGAGCUCAUUGUCUAGUGAGAUGGUAUGGAUUGCGUGAAUUUGUAGUCAUUGCACCAGCAGCAAAUAAUGAUGCAGUUCUUAGUGAAUCUAAAUGUAACCUCCUUCUUAGUUCAAUUUCUAUUGCAUUGGGGAACACAGGCUGCCAGGUGCCAGUAUUUGUACAAAUUCAAAACAAAUGGCGAAGAAUGUAUGUCGGAGAGUGUCAAGGUCCUGGCGUUAGAACAGAUUUUGAAAUGGUUCAUCUUCGCAAAGUUCCUAAUCAGUAUACUCACUUAUCAGGAUUAUUGGACAUCUUCAAAUCUAAGAUUGGCUGCCCUUUAACCCCAUUACCUCCAAUCAAUAUAAGUAUUAGACUUACGUACGUACUUCAGGACUGGCAGCAAUAUUUCUGGCCUCAACAACCACCAGAUAUAGAUGCUUUGGUUGGAGGUGAAGUUGGAGGCCUAGAAUUUGGAAAGUUACCAUUUGGUGCCUGUGAGGAUCCCAUCAGUGAACUUCAUUUAGCAACUACAUGGCCUCAUCUAACAGAGGGUAUAAUUGUGGACAAUGAUGUUUAUUCAGACUUGGAUCCUGUUCAAGCACCUCAGUGGUCUGUGAGGGUCAGAAAAGCUGAUAACCCACAGUGUUUGUUAAGUGAUUUUGUCACUGAAUUUUUCAAACUGUGUCGUCGGAAAGAAUCGACUGAUGAGAUUCUUGGAAGAUCAGCAUUUGAAGAAGAGGGAAAAGAUGCUGACAUAAGCCAUGCAUUGUCAAAGCUCACAGAACCAGCACCUGUCCCAAUCCAUAAACUGUCUGUGACAAAUAUGGUUCACACAGCAAAGAAAAAGAUUCGCAAACACAGAGGUGUAGAUGAAUCACCAUUAAAUAAUGAUGUCCUCAAUGCUAUUCUUUUGUACUUAUUCCCUGAUGCUGCUGACAAAUCAGCAGAUGGAUCUGAAGCCAGAAGUAGUCCUUCAACAGGAUGCCUCCCACCCACAGACAAUGAAGACUAUAAUAUCUACAUCCAAUUCAAAUCUGCUCCUUCAGACAGCUUAACUUACAAACUGGCCCUUUGUCUUUGUAUGAUCAACUUCUACCAUGGUGGUGUCAAAGGAGUCGCACAUCUCUGGCAGGAGUUUGUCUUGGAAAUGCGCUACAGAUGGGAGAACAACUUCUUCAUCCCAGGGUUAGCGAGUGGUGCUCCAGAUCUGAGAUGUUGUUUGCUGCACCAGAAACUCCAGAUGUUAAAUUGUUGUAUUGAAAGAAAGAAAGCAAGGGAUGAGGGGAAAAAAGGAAAUAAUUCUGAUCGUUCUUCUGGAGACACUGGAAAAACAAUUGACUUGGUGGGUAAAGACUAUUUAAAAGAGGGUGAUAAGGAAAAAGCAGAAGUAGGAAAAUCUUGGGAUUCCUGGAGUGACAGUGAAGAAGAAUUUUUUGAAUGCCUAAGUGACACAGAGGAACUUAAAGGAAAUGGACAAGAAAGCGGGAAGAAAGGGGCUGCAAAAGAAGCGUUAAAGCCAGAAGGUCGUUUACAUCAGCAUGGCAACUUGACUUUGCUUCAUCCUGGAGACCCCCUCUAUGUUCCAGUAACACAGGAACCAGCUCCUAUGACUGAGGAUCUUUUAGAAGAACAGUCUGAAGUAUUGGCUAAACUGGGAACAUCAGCAGAAGGGGCUCAUCUUCGAGCACGCAUGCAGAGCGCCUGUUUGCUUUCUGAUAUGGAAUCUUUCAAGGCUGCCAACCCUGGUUGUUGUCUGGAGGAUUUUGUGAGAUGGUAUUCACCCCGGGAUUACAUUGAAGAAGAAAUUGUGGAUGAAAAGGGGGAUGUAGUCAUCAGAGGUGAACUGAGUGCUCGAAUGAAGAUUCCAAGUAAUAUGUGGGUUGAAGCGUGGGAGACGGCAAAGCCGAUUCCGGCAAGAAGGCAGAGGCGGCUUUUUGAUGACACUCGUGAGGCAGAGAAGGUGCUGCACUAUUUAGCAGGUCAGAAACCAGCAGAUCUUGCAAGGCAUCUUCUGCCUUGUGUCAUCCAUGCAGCUGUACUCAAGGUAAAGGAAGAAGAAUCAGUGGAUGAUAUUUCUUCAGUAAAGAAGAUAAUUAAGCAGAUAAUCACCCACUCUAGUAAAGUCCUCCGGUUUCCAAACCCAGAAGACAAAAAAUUAGAAGAAAUUAUUAGUCAUAUUUUGAAUGUGGAAGCCACUAUUGCCCGGGCAAGGUCACUGAAAGCCAAAUUUGGGGUAGAGAAAUGUGAACAGGAAGAUGAACGCAAAGAUCUAGAAAAAUUUGUGAAUUCUUUUCUGGAACAGCCAGAAGUCUCAGUCAUUGGUGCUGGAAGAGGACAUGCUGGUACUAUAAUUCACAAGCUUUUUGUGAAUUCACAGCGGCUGACUGAAUCUUCUGAGGAGGUUGCCACAAUGAUGCCCCUUGACGAAGAACUUAAGAGGUCUGGCUCUUUGGAUGAGAAACGUUUCAGUUCCGGAAUAGCUGGAGACUUCCCCCUGCCUGCAGGGCGUGAGGUUAUUUUGCGCACAACUGUCCCACGGCCUGCCCCUUACUCCAAACCUCUGCCUCAGCGCAUGUAUAGUGUUCUUACAAAAGAGGACUUCCGACUAGCUGGUGCCUUUUCAUCUGAUACAACAUUCUUCUGAUGUCACUGUGUAGUCUGCCGGCACUGCAUCUCUGCCGGUGAUUCAAAUGGUCUUUCCAUGUCCAGUACUCUAGAGCUGAGGAUAAUCCUUUCAUAAAUUUAGUAAUCGGUAAUAAAAUACUCACAGACUAGUCACUGAGGAGCAAUGCUUAAUGCCAAACAACUGUCUCAUAAGAUGUAGGUAGAACUUUAGAGUAAACUUUUAUUUGGAAAACUCUAUGUCUUGAAGGGCUUCUGAGGGAUGCUGGGAAUGGGAUUGCUGGGGAGCAAUCCAUUCCUGUCUACAGUGAUAAUGAAAAUAUCAGAACUCUACAUUAAGCAUAAAAGCAAAUAUGGUGAUACUUGUAGAAUUCUACGGCCUCGUGUGAAAGUUUACUUUGCUCAUCUAGACAAACCUGACCAUCAAAUGUGUAAUGCCACCAUCAAUGGGUUAUAAACUUUGUUUAAAGCUGUAUGUAGUCUACACGUAAUAAAAUGCAACUCAUCUGUGGGUCUAAAUUGCUGUGUAUAUAUUACUGAUGGACCCAAAAUUUAAACUACCAUUCAUCAAAAGUGUGAUUAAAAUGUGGUAAUUUACCAUUUUUGCCAUAGGAUGAAUUGUACUCUUACCCUCUGUACCACUGGCUUUCAACUCUUAGAGCCAUGCUGUUUGUUUAUAUACUGUUAGAAAAAGUAAAGGGUUAUUUUAAUGCA